AUGGCGCCAUCACACUCGAAGCUCCUCCCGCCAGCCCUCCGCGAGCGCACGAUCCGGAGCAUAGUCUCGCAGCUCACGCAAAUGUACUUGUCCAACAGGACCCGGAUCUCGCGAGCCGUGUACCUCGCCCUCUUCGUGGCCCUGAUAAACCGCGUGCGCCACGCCAUCGCGGAGCAGAAGGCCGCCUCGGCGCGGGACGCGGCGCGGCGCGCGGAGCAGGUCGGGACGACGUCGACGUCGGCGGCGGCGGGCGAGGAGGCGGCGGGCAAGAGGAAGAGGGUCGAGCUGAACCGCGAGUUCUUCCGGUCGCUGCUGCGGCUGCUGCGCAUCGUCGUGCCUGGGUGGCGGAGCAAGGAGACCAGGCUGCUGAUCAGCCAUAGCUUCUUCCUCGUCGUCCGGACGCUCAUCAGUCUGAAGGUCGCUGCCAUGGACGGUGCGAUCGUGAAGAGCCUGGUUAAGGGUAAUGGGAGGGAAUUUCUGACAAGCAUCGUAUGGUGGAUGCUGAUCGCGGUGCCGGCAACGUUCACCAACUCAAUGUUGUCAUACCACCAAGCAGAGCUCUCAUUGAAGUACCGAACACGCCUGACACAGCAUAUUCACGACAAGUACCUUUCGGAGCUGACCUUCUACGGACUGUCGGCUCUUGACGACAGGAUAAAGAACCCAGACCAGCUGAUUACUGUCGACGUUGCGAAGUUCUCCAAUAGCUUGGCGGAACUAUACAGCAAUCUAGCCAAGCCAAUCCUGGAUAUGACCAUCUAUACCUAUUCCUUAUCCAAGAGCGUGGGUGGCGAAGGGGUCGUGUUCAUGUCUCUCCUUGUCCAACUAUCGGCGCAUGUGCUGCGAGCAUUGACGCCGCCAUUCGGCAAAUAUGUUGCAGAUGAAGCCCGCCUGGAGGGCGAAUUCCGGUUCCAGCAUUCCCGCCUGAUAGACCACAGCGAGGAAGUAGCCUUAUAUGCAGGCCACGAGGCGGAAAAGGACACGUUGGACAAGGGCUACUUUACGCUGAUCAAGCACGUCAACUACAUCCUGCGCCGCCGCUUCUAUCACGGCUUCAUGGAGGACUUUGUCAUCAAGUACUUCUGGGGCGCCUUGGGCCUGCUUCUUUGCAGCGUCCCGGUCUUCAUCAAGCUCCCCGGCCAGAUUGCCAUGAACAUGGGCGACCGGACCGAGAGUUUUGUUACCAAUCGCCGGAUGCUUCUUUCGGCAUCUGAUGCAUUUGGCCGAGUCAUGUUUUCGUACCGAGAAAUCAUGGAGCUCGCCGGGUAUACCUCGCGCGUGGCGACGCUGUUAGAUGUCAUGGACGAUAUCAAGGCCGGGCAUUUCGAGAAGAAGCUCGUGUCAAGCUCGGGAACCGAGGAUAACGAGGCUGUGCUCAAGGGCAGGGGUAAGGUCGUGGAGAGCGAGAAUAUCGAAUUCGUCGACGUCCCCAUCGUCUCCCCCAACGGCGAUGUGCUUGUCAAGGCACUCUCCUUCUCGCUUAAGCCAGGCGACCACCUCCUCGUGGUUGGCCCUAAUGGCUGCGGCAAAUCCUCCCUCUUCCGCAUCCUCGGGGGUCUCUGGCCGGUUUACGGAGGCACCGUCUACAAGCCGCCCUUCAGCGACAUCUUCUACAUCCCGCAACGUCCCUACCUGUCUCGUGGCUCCCUCCGGCAACAGAUCAUCUACCCCGACGGUCUGCGGACAAUGCGGGCUAAGGGGGUGACAGAUGCAGACCUCUUGGGCAUCCUGGGCAUCCUUAACCUUGAGAAUCUCAAUGAGCUGUAUCCCGAAGGACUGGACGCCGAGGCCGAGUGGCGCGACGUGCUGUCGGGAGGCUUGCAGCAGCGCGUGGCCAUGGCGAGGCUGUUCUACCACCGGCCGCGAUACGCGAUCCUCGACGAGUGCACGAGCAGCGUGACCCUUGAGGCGGAGAAGACCAUGUACGAGAACGCCAAGAGCCUCGGCAUCACGCUGAUGACGGUGAGCCACCGGCGCAGCCUGUGGAAAUACCACAGCCGCAUCCUACAGUUUGACGGCCAGGGCAACUACGUGUUCACCCGGCUGGACGCCGAGAAGCGGCUGAAGCUGGAGGACGAGAAGGAGGACCUCGACGUGUUGCUGCGGCAGGUGCCGGAUAUCGAGCGGCGGAUUGAUGAGUUGAAGAUUGCAUGA